AUGCAACCCUACAAGCAUCUGCUUACCAACAUUCUACUGCUCACUGUUGUUACCAUGGCACAAAAGACACUUCUCUUUCUCGGCGCAGGACCAAACGUUGGAGCUGCGACAUUAUCGCUGUUCAAAACUAAAGGAUACAAGAUCGCCGCUGUAGCUCGCACUAUCAAACCAGAUAUCGAGGCGAAUGCAGACAUCUGUCUGACUGCUGAUUUCAGCGACCCAAGCGUGAUGGGGCAGAUCUUUGAGAAAGUCGAGCAGAAAUUAGGAGUUCCAAAUGUUGUCAUCUACAACCCCUACUCCUGGUCCAUGGGUCCUGAUCCUGAGAACCCUGUCUCGGCGCCGCUUCAAGAUUUCCAGAAAGACCUCGCGAUCAACAGUGUGAGCGCUUACGCUGCUGCGCAAGCUGCAGUAGCAGGUUUCAGCAAGCUCCCUAAGGAUGCAAAAAAGACCUUCAUCUAUACUGGUAACAAUGGCAACACAUUGGUCACACCCAUGUUUCUGAUGCUCGGUAUUGGUAAAACGAGUGCUUGGUACAUGAUUCAGACAUUGGCUGCCUCCUCUAGCCUGGCUUCAAAGGGAUGCCGUUUCUACUAUGUCGACGAGCGUACACCUGUGGGAAAGGCGAUGUUUCAUGUCUCGGGGCCUGCACACGCGGAAUACUUUUUGGAGUUAGCAGAGAAGGAAGGAAGAAGUGAGACAUUGGCAACGUUCGUCAGGGGCAAAGGUUACACGAAGUUUCCAAGCAACGAGAGGGCGAUACUACCGCACGUUUCUGUUCAAGAUGCGGCGGAUCCGAAGUAUGGAGCACCGGGAACUGCAGAAGCGAAGUACGGCUACUGA